UCUAUAUUUAGACAAAAUAAUGGCCAAUGAAUAUGAUACCCUUCCACGAAAAAAAUAUAAACUAUGGGAAGAAAAUAGAAAUGUUUCGAUUCCCAUUAGAAACCGUCAACGAUGGGAUAGAAAAAUUGCACUAUCAAUUCCUGUUAUAGAUGGAAGUGACAAUGACACUAAUCAACAAAAUUUUACACAAGUUUCGAAUACAAGCCAUGCAGAUGAUCAUUUAAGCUCCAAGAGUUAUAGCGACGAUAUUUACAUAGAUGAAGUAUAUGACUAUGAAAUUUACGAAUUUAAUGAUUUCGUCAAUGAUAAUAAUCAAGAUUAUGAAGAUGAUACUACGAUGUUGGAUGAUAUAAAUUAUAAUGUAGUUGAUAUAUGCGAAUCUUUAUAUGAUCAUAAUGAGCAUUCCACAGAUUUUAAUGAAAGUAUAUUUUGCACUUCUCAUAGUAAUGUUAAUAAUAAUACUGUUUUAUUUAAUAAUAGUGCUCAAACUGUUGAUGAAACUGUUUAUAAUUUAAUAAAUCUUUAUAUUAAACAUAGAAUGACAAAAUUUAACUUAGAGGAUAUGCUAACAGUCAUAAAUAAUAUGCUUUCCCAGCUAAAUUUGAUGCCAAAAACUUUAUAUAAAUUAUUUUCUUAUGUUAAAAAUAUGGUUCCUCCUUUUACUGUUAUUAAACAUGUCUAUUGUAAAAAAUGUAUGUUAUAUAAAAGUGUAAAAGCUGCAUCAAAAGUGUGCAAAUUAUGUUUAAUAAGCGAAAUUUUUUUUUUUUUGAGAUUGAUAUAAUGCAACAAAUUAAAAGUCUUUUUGAACAUAGAAAUUUAUCUAAAAUAUUAAAAACGGAGAAAAAUGGCUUAAAUAACGGAUUUGAAAUUUCUGAUAUAAUAGAUGGAUCUG